AUUUGAAUGUGUCAACAGCAUGUGAGGUCGAGGGAAUAACACAAUGGAGGCUUUUACCAGAUCUAGAAGCUAUUUAGUGGCCACCCGCUCGUUCGCUGAUCUCAGUUUAGUUUGGACAUUUGAAUUGAACGGAAUGAAACGCGCGAAUCUUUUGCUGAGCUGCAUCGGCUUUUGCCUAUUGGCCCUGGAGCCGAGCAGCGCGACGAGCAGCGGCAGCAGCGAUAGCGGACCCAGCGUCGCACUCACCCGACAAGCCAUUGAGCUGGGCCUAGAGCCAUCGGCAUUGGGGGAACUGUGGCGCACCAAACAGCCGCUGAUUAUCAGCAAGCCGGACGCACUGGGUCAGCUGUAUACAACGACCUACGAGCUCACGCCGGACGGCCAACAUAUAACCAGCACCUCCGUCAAGGAGGAUCAGCCACAGCAGCCGACAAGCACAAGUACCAGCACGGUCAGUCCGCCGGCUGCAGUGCAGCCAACGAAUCCGCAGACAGACUGGGAAUAUGUGCCCUCUAAUCCGGGAUAUCGGCGCAACUUUGUGGUGGGCAACAGCUCGCCAUUUGGCGCUAAUUGGCCUAAUUUUGGUGGCACCUUUCCGCAAUUUCACAGCAGCAGCGGCAACAAUUGGCCCAGCUUUGACUUUCCGGCGGGUAUAACACCACAAACGACCACCAAAACGGAAAAGGACGACCAGGGACGCACAGUAACCACGACGAUCAAGACCUAUAAGGGACCUGGCAGCAAUAGCUGGUCACCGGGCACAGAUCUGUCAGCGAAUUGGCCAAGCUUUGAGCUGCCUACGGGUGCGACACCACAGACGAGCACCAAAACGGAGAUCGAUGACCAGGGACGAACGGUGACAACCCUGACGAGAAGCUAUAAGAGUCCAAUUUUUACGACAUGGUCAACGGGCAACGAGGAUGUUGGUGGUUUGCCCGCCAGCUGGCAGCCAGCUGCCAGUCCGUGGUUCCACAAUCCGCACUUCGUUAAUGGAGUAACAGUUGGUGACGUGCCCAGUUUGACGCCCAGUGCGGCAAAUCCCGUGCCCACUCCUCUGCCUCUGCCCACGCGACCAACUUUCAUUCCCAGUCAGCCACCGCUGCCGACAGCACCGCCUGGAGUUGGGGUUUUUGAGCUGCGCACCACCACGCCGCUGCCUGCAUUAGAAGAUUUCCUCAAGCAGACGGGCAGCGGCGAGUCGACGCCCAAGACUGUGGCAACCAUCAACAUUGACGAGCUGCCCGUGAGUACGAGAACACGGAUAACCAACUAUAGCGGCACCUUUAAUGGCUCCGCACCACCAAAGGCGGCUGACCUCGAGCCGCAGGUUAGGGAUAUGCUCAAUCGCGGUGGCAUCACCGAUGAGGAUAUACAGAAUGCCCAGGCGCUGGGCAACGAUGUGACGCGUACUCGUGUCCUGCCCGACGGACGGAUUGUGAAGACGACGAUGCGAGUGAACAAUUGGGCAGCACCGUCGGCACCGACGCCACAAGCCGCUGCUGCACGUCCGCUGGAGCGGGAUAAUUCAAUAGACAACUUCCUGGCGCAGGUGAAUCUAACGCCAGCGGAUAUACAGGCCCAAAACGGGGAGGUGAUCAAGACAAUUGUCGACCAAAAUGGACGCGUUCUCAGCGCCAGGUUUGUGCUGAGCUCUGUCAAGGGCGAAGAGCAGCCGGGUCAGGGUCAGGCGGAGCAUCCAACCAAAUAAAAUGCGUAAUGCGGAAAAGGGAAACAAAGUUAAUUCAAUUGAUAAACUGUUUGUAUGUACGUACAUCUAUCUAGACAUCUAUGUGUACAUCUGUCGCUCAUAAGUACAAAUGGAAAAAUUGUGAAAAAUGUAUAAAUAAAUAUGUACUCAUAAACUUGUAUCAAUAAAUGCUUAUCAGUGCGGGUUACGCCCAACAGAUUUAA